CACAAUCUAAUUGGAAUCCAAAAGGAAAAUCAGAGAAUGGGGAACGAAGAAGAAGAGGAAUUGGUGGCUGAAGUUGAAGCAGUGGAAGCCGUGUAUGGAACCGAUUGCACCGUUCUCAGUUCAUUUCCUCCCCAUUUUCACCUCUUUCUCAAACCCAGAACUGCUGAUGUUUCCUCCCAACAGUUUGUGGAAGCUGUUCUGGAGAUAAAAGCUACCUCACAGUAUCCAAAAGAACCACCUUCUAUUGAGCUUGUGGAUUGCAAGGGUCUGGAUGAACAGAGACAGAAACAUCUAUUAAAUUACAUACAAAGUAAAGCCUGUGAGAUCUCCCCUUGUUUAAUGCUUGUAGCUCUUUGUGAGGAAGCUGUUGAGAAACUGUCAGCUAUGAAUCAUCCUGAUGGUGAUUGUCCAUUGUGUUUAUUCCCUUUGGUCCCAGAAGAUCAGCAAAGCGAAACUUUGCCUUUUAUGAAGUUAAUGUCUUGUUUUCAUUGCUUCCACAGUGAAUGUAUCAUUAGAUGGUGGAAAUGGCUUCAAAGUUCUAAAGAACCUGACUCUGCCAAUACAGACAGUGCAGCUGCACAUCGGAACCAUGACAAUCAUAAGAAAAUGGAAGAGAGUGUCGGAAACUGCCCUGUCUGUCGCAAACCUUUUCUUGCCAAGGAUUUGGACCAUGUGCUUGCCCUAGUUGGAUCAUACUCUUCCCAAUCGACUUCAGACAAUGAAGAACUCAACGAUGAAGAUACGCUCCUUCAAUCAGAGAAUGAGAUCAUUAGGAGACAAAAAUUUGAAGCCAUCCUAAAUUUACAGAAGGAGAACAGUGGCUUGAUUGAACCCAAAAAAGAUAUACUCAUAUUACCUGGUAUGUAUCUUCCACAACCAGUUGCAAUGCCGAGCUCCACAUCAACCAAGGAAUCUGAUGAGCAGACACAAAAUGAACCACCUGCAGUUGUAUCAGCAAAACAUGCCGGUGGGACAUCCAAUGGACCUAGUUCUAGCAGGCAGAAGAAUUUCGGUCCAAGGAGGCAGAAAGCAAGAAGUGAUAACCACUCUAGUUCAACUGUAAGAAAUCCAAGAAAAGCAGUUCAACAGUGGGUAAGAAGAGAUACUCCAAGCAAUAAGCAAUAGAAGUGAUGCUCUCACUGGUACAGCGACGUGGAUGUGGAAAUUGGAAGUAGAUUUUGCUUUAUUUGAUGAGAAAACAAACAUACUUUAGGCUUUAUAUCACAUAUAUGUUAGAAAAAGGUGAAAAACAAAGUAUAGAUAGUAGAAAAAGACAGACAUCUGUGCCUCUUUUUUUCCUUUUUCAGCUAAAGGGGUGCUGGAGAGAGAGAGAAGCGAGGAAAGGAAAGACAAGCAAACUGCCGUGUUUUCUGUUUUUCCUUUUAUGAUUGAUUUCGCAAUCAAGUUAUGAUUUGAUAUUC